GCAGGACUGAGUGGGAUGAUGUCUUUGGUGUGACUGUUCUGGAAAGCUGCAAAAUAAAUUAUUUCUGCAAGUUAAUUGAAAGAGCAAAUAUAAACAAAGAAUCUAUUUAUGAAGAGUCUUUAAUGACAGAGUAUGCAUCACAUCUGUAGCUUUUCCACUGUUUGCUCUUGACCACUGCUAUAGAAAAUAUAUUUUUUCCUCUUAAUAAAAGGCUGAAAAUGACCAGUGUUCCUGACUUCUGUUUCUUUUUAAGUAAAGAAAUGACAGUGCCCUCCUUACUGAAAACGGUGUGCUGCAGGAAUGAGAGAAUGAGAAAAGCCUGCUUAAUCAUUAACAUAGGAACUCUUUCUUCCUAAUGGUUACUGUGGUGGUUUGGUUGAACAGAGAGGGUUUUGCUGGGUUUUCCCACUGAUGCAAAUUGUGAAAUCAUGCUAAUAGCAUUGCACACUUGCAGCUUUCAGCAGUCGUGCUGAAGCUUGCAGUGCUGUUUGUGACAGUAGCUGUAACUAUGUUUGUACAAAGGUGACCACAGUCCUAUGAAAUGAACUUCCUUAGAGUCAAAACUGUAUUUGAUUUCCCCAUGUUUUAAUUCUUCUGAGAUGUUUGAAUACCAUUACCCGAGCUUCAUUCUUUGUAAUGAAAAAUUAGGUACUUCCCAUCUCAAACUCGCUUGACCCGGUAGUUCUUCAACAGAAAGGGAGCAGAGAACUGCUCCCUGUCACUGCAAGUGACUUGUAUGUACAGGUUACUUGCCUCAAAGUAGAUCUUUUCCUUAUGCUCAGUUUUUGUUGUGUUGGUCUUGUGCUAUGCAUGCAUGGACUUAUGUUUUCUGGCUUUUUUCACUUGCAUGAGAUUAUAGUGUUGUAUGAGAUGGUAGUUGUUGCUUUUGAUUCCUUCUUACAACCUAGAGAAACAUCAGGUGCAAUUUCUGGGUUGUUACAGGUGGGGCUUUUCUGACUUCAUCGUAUGUAAUUGUGCAAUCCUAAUGUUACUCCUCUUGUGGUGAGUUGACUUUCCUGAAUAUGGUAUCACUAAUUACUUUUUCUCCUGAUGAGUUUCUGAAGGAAACUGUGAGACAGAGUAAGGAUCCAUCCUGAAUUAGGUGAAGUGUCUAACAGUAGUGAAAAGUCUGUGAGGCCAAAGCUGAAAGAAAAACUCGCAUGCCGAGAUAGCAAAGAGACAGAAAAAGAAAAACAGAAAAGACCACGAGGUCAAUUUGCCCCGACCUAGAAAUUCCUUUGAUAAAGAAGAACUAGUGCUAAGUGUCAUGCAAGAUGAAUAUGUAUGAACUUAUUGUGAAACUGUAUGCAUAUGCAUUUGGAAGGGGGAUAAAAGGAGGUCUGAAAUCUUCAGGGGUACGCAUGCCCUUUUGGGGAGUCUUGCGUCCGGCGCGCGUCGUAAUAAAGCAUACCGGGCUUUACAACUUUUACAAGUUGUGAGGUUUCUUCUUUUCUCCGCAAAACAUGUGUUAAUAGUUACUGAUGGUGUUGGUGACAGACAUGGCCCUGCACAGGGUGGUGGGUACCUUGAGGGUGUGUAGCACACACAGCAGUAGCAGGAAACUUGACUAAACUAUAGAGUAGCACAGCUAGAUACAGUACAUACCAUCUUUGAACCUUUGUAAUUCGCUGUGAGCUAGUCUGGAGUAAGCUUGAGACCUUUCCCAGCAGUUGUAAAUCAAAUGUGUAUAUUUUGGAGCUACAGUGUUUAUUCAUGUGUAAGUAACAGUUCUGCAGACUAAUUCCAGCAAUGCACUAUAUAAUAAAUCAAGAGGUGUUUGAUUAUGCCCUCUCUGACUUCAAGCUACCAAGGUCUUAGUGUCCUCAACACAGGUGAUUGAACUGGUUUUCAGCUGAAGGGAUCAGUAGUGAACCUGAUGACUUCCUAAAGGAUGGGCAAAAUAACCAGUCAUGCAGCUGCUGUGAGAUUUGGGACUGAUAAUCUCUGUGUUGUGUGGCUCUCAAGGACAGAGGAUUUAUUUGUCAAACAUAGUGCAGGCUGUACCUGUGUUGCAUCAUCACAUGCAGCUAAAUAUUAAGUGCUACUGGUUGAGUCCAUUUUAAGUGGGGAAAUAGUGAAGUACCUGUUUCCACACUGCCUGUUUCAGUGCUGAAAAGCUUGACGUGUCUGUUUUUCACAAACACAUUUUGUAGUAAUGCUUAUGUGUGUACUUCCAGGGAAGGGUGUUAAUGUUGCUCAGGUGUUUUCUAUGAACUUGCCAUCUUCAUUCUAAAUUGCUUUCAGCUUUGGUAUUUGAUUCAAUCCCUUUCCUACUGAAUCAGUAUUGGCUUUUGAGCAUUUGUCUUGGAUGAACCAGUGUCCCUGGAUGAAGGGCAUUUAAUCCAGAGCAAGGCAUGAAAAUAAAAUGUCUCUGUGGUAAUAAGAGGGUUUUUUACUUUUGCUGAGUAGAAAACUGAAAGUGCUGUGAAGAUGAUCUGUAUGGCCAUGGUACUGUCAAGGGAGAAAGGAAGAUUUAGUCUUUGUGGUUCAAUCACUUUACUAGUCUUCCUUUUAGAAAUUUGAGUGAAAACACUAAGUUAAUCUCUAGUGUGUGCUCCGAAAUCUACCUUUUAAAGUGCUGUAUCAUUCUCUCUACAAUGUCACAUUGACACCCAGCAGAAAAGUUGUGUUGUUUCUAAUGAGAGCUUUGUGCUGCUAUUGCCGUGGGUUGAAAGCUUCCUGUCUGCCUUUCGCAGAGAAAUCACAACAGGUCAUCCUCACCCACGGUGCUGGCUUCAGCAUCACUGCAACACCACUAUUUAUGUCCUAGAAGAUGUCAGAUGAAGGCUUUUCUUGUCCUAAUGAGUCAUUAACACAGUUAUUUUUUACUCAGGAAUUUACCUAACAGAAGAAUGAAAUUACUAACUUCCUUUUUUUCCACUUUCUUUGAUGCGCCUGCAAAAGGGUUUUGGUAGUAUUAAAAGGUAGGAGAAAAUGCAAUGGUGCUUCUCAGGAUGCUUCCUCUAAUGUAGUUCUACAUUUCUUCUCAUAGCAGUUCAGUUUUGUCUCACAGAUCUUAUGUAAAGUAUCUUUCUCCUAAGUGUUCACAAUCUUGAUAUCCCAACUCCCCAUUUUAUCAGAUGUCAGCCUAUCUUGGAGAGAAGGCUCCUUACAGAUUUUUUGCAGAGGCCUAAAGGUACACAAGUUGUUGUCAGGAUCAUAUAGCGAGUAUAUGGCAAUGGUAUGAAAAACAGAGCCUGGAUCCCAAGAUUUUUUUAUUGUGGUGCUUUUUUAGCUAUAAGAUCAUCUGUCCUGCUUUGGAGAGAAGGUUGAGAGAAAGUUCUUCAUUUCCCCAUAACUCUUGCAGAUGGGUGUUCUUCUGCUUCAGUAGCUAGGAUUUAUUUCUUCACUUAGUUAAGGGGCCUCUGAAGACCAGGUUCACUGUUUUUUUCACUUUGUCCUUAACAGAAAGCACCUUUCUGAAUGGACUGUGCUCACCCUGUGCAAAGCUUAAUUUGUCUUCUUUCCUUCCCACGGGUCAGCCUGCCAGGAUGGCUCUUAGGAACCAUGCAGCUCUGUAUUGCACGUGGCCUCAUCAUUGCAGAAAUAAGAUUGUGCUGGCCAAAACCACGAUGGAUUCUUGAAGUUUGUCAUAAAGCAUUACUGCAGCCUUGCCUGGGAGACAGUGUUAUUCCAGAGCACUGUUAGUUAGGAGAGGCAAUCAGUGUGUCUUUAACUGAAUGGUGCCAAUGGGAAUGGCAUGUUAGGCAGGGCAGCUGCAAGCUCGUCCUGAAACACGACCACCCUUGAAACCCUAUCUCUACCCCACUGACCUGUGCAGGCUGACUUCACACUGGGAUGGGAGACCACGUGGGUUGCGUCAGUGCCUGAAAUGUAAUUGCAUCCUGGCAGUGGGGCAGAUCCUGCCUGUGUGACUGAUAAUGUGUUACUUGAAGCAGGGGAGGAAUUGCAUUUACGCAUGUUUUGUGUAGCUGACCAUGGAGGACUGACCUCAAAGGCUCCCUCUUGUGCCUCUGUCCUGGGUUACCUGAGUGGGAAGUGUUGGCUGUCCUCAUUGGGCUAAAUGAAGGUCUAGGGCAGGUUCUAAGUAGAUAUUAGAAAAAUGAGAAUGUGAGAUGAUGUUUCUCAAGGGUGCUUCCCAACAGAACUUGUAAUCCCUCAACUAGGAUUUCCCCACAAAAUGUGCUUCCAAGUGUUACAUGCUCACAAAGCUUUUGGCAGGCUGGAUAGUGUCAUCUUCAUGAUAGAUGAAACUGGGUGCCAGAGGUUUGUUUGCUCUAGUUUUAUCCCUUGCAUUCACAGUUCUCUGGCUGUGCAAAGCUUUUCCUUAUGCCCGUUGAUCUAAAACACCCCAUGAGAGGAAGCUCGCUGGAGUAAGGGGAGGCUGUAACGGACCUGGAGAGUAUUAAUUGAGAGCCAGCCUCUCUUCUUUUGCCAAGUCCCUGCCACAGUUACGAACCACAGUGGGAAAAGGGGGUGACCUUUUUCCUUUUUUGUGCUGGGUGAAAGUCACUCUCUUGCAGGAGUGCAGAGCAGUGGAGAGCCUGAUGUGUGACUGGAGCUCGCCAUGAUAAGCUGGCUGUUUUCCCUUCUCCUUUCCCCUCCUCGCGCUGUGCUGGGCUUAUCUGGCCGCCUGAGUUAUGUUAAGUAGCGGGUGCAUGCUUGCUCUCUGUUCUCCUCGCUGCUUUUGCUCCUUGGAUUUCAAUUCCAAACAUGGUUAUCCAUUUGGGGUCUCUCUCCGUUCCACUGCCAAGAGAUACACAUUCCACACUCAUCACCAGCUCCCUCUGCUGCUCUCUCACGGUCGCUAUUCCAUUUGCUGCAGCGCGGGCGAGACAGGCAGUGCAAGGAGAUCUCUGUCCCGUCUGUGAGUUUUCCAGCUAAUGGCCUCGACUCUUUUUCUGACCGAGCUCUUUUGGCCUCACAUUUGCCAGCUUCUUUUCUCACUAUUGUGGCUAAGAAGGGGGCCAGCCGACGCUUUGUGAGCCACAAAGAGGAGAAGCGAAAGCUUUUGGAAUUUUUCGAGUGCAAAAACAUUCGGCAGCACUUUUUUAGCAUGUUACUUUGAAACACUGCUGUGGGACCAGACGGUGCACAAAAGGAAGAGGAGGAGGAACAGCUACCUAGCAGCUCUGCUUUCCAACCUCUGCAGCACCCUUUGUGUAUGACAAUUCAUUUUGAGCACAGGACGGCUGGGGAGGGUGGGGAGUGGGGUAGGAUGAGCGCAAACAGCCCCUCCUGGGACCAGGCUGUUCUCCAGCCUCCGGUGUGUGAUGCUUGGAAGGAGAUUACAGAGGAAGCAGCCUACCAGCUGGCCAGCUGCAUUGUCCUCCUGGGUUACAUGGGGGGAAGUGGCAUCUUUGGGUCUCUCUAUAUCUUUGGCCUCCUGGCCCCAGGCUACUUCUGCUACGCUCUGUGGGGCUGGCUCAGUGCUUGUGGGCUGGACAUCUUCAUCUGGAACAUGCUGCUGGUCCUCGCCUGCUUGAUUCAGCUGGCUCACCUGGCGUACCGGCUCCGCAGAAACACCAUCCCAGAAGAGUUUGACCUCCUCUACAAGACCAUGUACCUGCCCUUGCAGGUGCCCCUGGAAGUCUACAAGGAAAUUGUGAAAUGCUGUGAAGAGCAGGUGCAGUCACUAGUCAGAGACCAGAAUUAUGCAGUGGAGGGCAAGACGCCCAUCGACCGCCUCUCACUGCUGCUGUCUGGCAGGAUCCGAGUGUGCCAGGACGGACAAUUCCUUCACUACGUCUUUCCAUACCAGUUCCUGGACUCUCCAGAAUGGGAGUCGCUGCGACCUUCUGAGGAAGGAACUUUCCAGGUGACGCUGACAGCCGAGACCGACUGCAGCUACAUCACCUGGCCGAGGAAGAAGCUGUAUCUCCUCCUGAGGAAGGACCGCUACAUCGCCCGCCUCUUCUCCUCCCAUCUGGGGUAUGACAUUUCGGAGAAGCUCUACUCCCUCAACGAGAAGCUCUUCGCCAAGUUUGGCCUUCGCUUCGACAUCCGCCUGCCCAGCCUCUACCACGUCCUUGGGCCGGCCUCCUCGGAGGGGGAGUCGGAGGACUGUGAGGAGCUGCUGCCGGGCCCUGGCCAGGCCGGCGUCUCUGAGGCGCCGCCGCAGCCGCCGCCGCCACCGCCGGCCCCGCGCCCCCGGGCGUCCCGGCCCGACAGUGAUCUGCUGGCCUCUGAAAACCAUCUCCAGAGCUCUCACCCUCUCUGCAAAGGACGAGCCCCUCUGGCUCCCACUCAGACCCCCGAACUCUAGGGAACAACAGGCUGCUUUCAUCCCGGAGCCCCUCCAAGGGAGCAGAUGCUCGCACAGGUUUUUGACCAGAGACACUCUUUAGCAUGCAGAGACGUCUGCCAGCAGAUAUCUACACUCAGGAGCACAUGAAGCACAUGCUUAGGACUGCAGUGUGACACUCCAGCACCUCCCACCCCAUGGCUGUUCACCAGAGCUGCCUUCCCCAGCGUGCUUCCACGGUCUGUUUUCUAGUCCUGCCUCUCUGAGGUUGUCAGCAGCUCUGUCACCAAAGUGCGCCAAAAUCCUGCAAGCAAUACCAGCCUGCUUGCAGAAUCUGUGUUCCUUUUGAUUCAAUGAUUCCCAUUAAAG